AUGAGGACAGAGAGUGUGAUCAUUUUGUUAUGUCUUUUGGUCACUACAGAGAGCGCAUGUGUCCUGCCAAAUAAUCUUUGGUCGACGUCUGGUAUAGAUACAUGGUAUGACAGCCACAAAGGGACCCUCAAUAUCACCUCCACAACCAUUGUGGGCUGGCAGGUGUGGACCAUAGGAGCCUAUACCUUUACCUGCGAGAAAACGGACAACACAUACUAUGUUCUCAGGUCAGAAGAGUUCUCCUACUUGGGGCUGAAGUUGGAAGCUUUUCUCUGCUUCCAAUUCACAGAACAGGCAUCCAGUAAAUUUACCUACUAUCUGCCAACAACUGAACUCAGUGAUGCCGGAAAUGAAAGAAUUAAGAUCUAUCUGAAAGAUGACAAUAAAGUUGUCUCCACGUUAACGGAUUUCUGUGACGCAACUUCCGCCACUAAUCUAACUCAACACAUCAUGGUGGAAGAAGGAAAAAUCGAUGAUGCAAAAAUUACUUGUCCAACCGAACUCCAAAGCAGCUGGAAUUAUACUUAUGAUGCCGGAAGUGGGAAUGUGUGCGGGGACGCGUAUCUUGAUGUCUGCACUGACAAAAAUUUGUUGGACUUUGACUAUUCAAAAUGUUCUCAAGUCCAGGCAUAUUCAACUGAUGGCGAGUUAUAUUGCCUUCAUUCCUAUACUACUGGCUCCUACACCAACCUGUAUGUGUACAACAAAGAUUCCAGCACUAAUGAACAGUCAACUUACAGAUUCACUUGUUAUAUGUAUUCUUCCGAUAGUGGCGCUGUCUACUUGUCACAAAGUCCACAAGAUUGUCCACCAAAUGGCAAUUCCACAUAUGCUGCUUCAGACGGGGCACUGCUUGUUUUAUCUCUUCUUUCGACAUGCCCAACCAGCACAACAUAUUCUGCCACAGUGGAAAUUGUACUGGGCAUACUAGCCUUUCUUGUGGUUCUGGCUAUCGUGUUAGCACUGAUCUAUUAUUGUCACAAACGGAAAUUAAGACUCGCAGAGGAGGCUCGUAAAGCAAAAGAGGAACAGGAAGAAAGGGAGAGAAAAGAGAGGGAGGAGAAAGAGAGAAUCCGAAUGGAACAAGGCGCACUUACCCCAACCUUGGAUCUGGGCUUACCAGACGAUUCUGUAUACGAUAUUACCCGACUAUUUUAUGAUGACGAGGAGCCCGUCACACCAACUAAAGUCGAGCCAGACAUGAAUGAAAGACUUUUAGAUCAUCAUAAUGAGGCACUCAAACACGAUGACUUUAUGGAUGAAUACAAACUUCGGCAGAUGAUGGAUUCCGAGGAAUGGAUUGAUGCCAGACGGCGAAAAGAAGGAGUCGACGAGCUGGAAGUUGCUGAACCCCGCACUAAAAGUGCUGUACAGAGACUUAAAGAACUGGCUCGAGAAAAAAUCAAAAAAGGGAAAAAUAAGUUAGGUCUAAAGAAUGACGCAAGUGUCGAUGACAAAUCUGCUGAAAAUAAAAAAGAAGGCCCACAGAUUAUCCCGGAUCUGAUAGACACUGAUUUCGAGUCGGAUGAGUAUGAUUUUAUGUCACAAGCGGGUUGGAAGAAAAGAGCGACCGUUUUAGAUCUCGACGGGGAAUGGGAAUCCAAGAAAAAGAAAAGGAGGAAAAAGAAGAAGAAGUCAAAUUCAUCAACCUAUGGAGAUUUAAAGAUAAACAAAAUUCCGCUCAGGAGAGUCAUGCGAAAGAAAAGAAUAGAUCCAGAUUUACCAAUUGUCGAGGGAGAAAUACACUUGCCAUUAUAUCGCGAAGAUCCCAAACUUAAAGACCUACCACCACUACAAAGGGUUCACCGUAAGCGCAAUCAAGCCCUCUGGAGUGAUAUGUUUGGAGACAUUCAUGGAGGAAAAGCUCUUGAUUUGGAGGCAAUAAACAGAGUCAGAAUGUCAGAAAAUAAAUGGAAAUUGCUUCUGGAGGAGCUUUACGCAGACAAACAAUACUUUGAUUAUGCAAGAAAGUCCUCGGCAGGUAGGCGUGUGGAGAGAGACAUUAACACCACCUCUCAGCAGAGUCUAGGCUACCUGUACGAUAGGGCCAAAUACUGGCAGGAGCAGCCACCGAUAGAACCCAGGAGCACAUUCCGCUCUCCUAGAUCCGCCAACAGCACUCAUCGCUGAGUAUCGUUGGAUAGUUUUCAAGACUAAGCUAUAACUUUUGUAACGUAAACACCAAUUUUACUAUACGUUAAUGGAGCCACACAUUCAGGACUCUUCAUCUUUGAUGUUUUACCUUAUGCGUUUAGAAUUGUUUUAAAUUUUGUUCGUUGUUCUUACAUAUGCCUGGUAUUGGAGGAAAUGAUGAACCAUUUGUUCAUUUAAAUCUACUAAAGAUUGCAUUUUACCAGGAUGUCAUUAAAAUAAUAAUUAUUUUUUAUUCGCACAUUAUC